AUGGCGGGUCCGUUCGAGACCGAGUGGGACCUGAGCGGCUACCCGGCUGCGGACUAUGCGUUCGACGCGAAGCCCACGAGCGUUCGCCGGAAGCGGAAGCGCAAGCAGGACCUGGCAGAGCUGUCGCAAGUGUUGCGGCUCGCGGACAGCGCCGUGAGUCUGCGCGCGGUUGACGCGCCCGGGGACGCGGCGAAGAAACCGAAGAAGGCCAAGGAGGGGAAGAAGGCGAAGAGUGAAAAGGAACGCGGCGCGGGCGCGAAGGAAAAGAGAGCUGCGGGCGCGCAGAAGACGAAGGCGUCGAAAACUGGCGAUGAAGGCACCGGUAGCGGGGCCUGGGAGGGGCUUCUGGAUGUUGGUGAUCUAGAGGGGGCUGUGGAGGAUCGGAAGGCGCAGAAGAAGCGCAAGAGGGAGAAGGUGGGGCGACAGGACCAGCCGCCGGCCGCUGCCGAGCGCGGCGCCGGUGCGUCGCCGCGGGGCGGUGCGGGCCGCGGCCGGGACGACGGCGGGGGAGAGCGAGGUGGUGCGGGGCGGGACGCGGGUGCUGGUGCGGGGGAGGCGGAGGGCAAGAAGGAGCGGAAGGAGAGAAGAGAAACGAAGGAUAAAAAAGUCAAGGAAAAGAAGGAGAAGAAGGAAAAGAAGAAAAGGGAGGCCAAGGGACCAGGGGAGCCCGCGGCGGCGCUCGAGGCCACGCCGACGGCCGCCCUCGAGGCGGAGCUCGCGCGUCGCCGGUCGCAGGGCGCGGCUACAGGGCCGUCGCCACCAUCGCCGGCAGCGGCCCCGGCGCCGCGGGCCGGCGCGGGCCUGCGCAAGGGCGGCGUGCUCGAGAAGAUGCGCGCGCGGCUCGCGGGCGGCGAGUUCCGGAACCUCAACGAGCAGCUCUACACGCAGCCCGGCGCCAAAAGCCUGCGUCAGUUCCAAAAAGACCCCUCCCUGUUCGACAGGUACCACGCCGGGUUCCAGGAGCAGACCAAGAGCUGGCCCGUGCAGCCGCUGGACCUCGCCGUGAGGUUCGUCGAGAAGCUCGGCGCCGACAAGGUCGUCGCGGACUUCGGGUGCGGCGACGCGCGGCUCGCGGAGACCGUCGGCAACACCGUACACUCAUUCGAUCUUGUGGCGCGGAAACCGGGCGUCGUGGCGUGCGACAUGGCCGCGGUGCCGCUCCCGGACGCCAGCGUGGACGUCGCCGUCUUCUGCCUCGCGCUCAUGGGCACCGACUACGGGAAGGCGCUGGAGGAGGCAUGGCGUGUGUUGCGGCCGGGCGGGCGGCUCUGGAUCGCGGAAGUGCGCAGCCGGUUUGCCGACGAAACGGGGCGGCACGAGGCGCUGUUCGGGCCGUUCCUGGACGCGCUGCGCGCGGUCGGCUUCGAGCACGUCCGGAGCGACACGAAGGACAACCGCAUGUUCCUCGUCGCGGAGCUGCGGCGGCCAAAGAAGAGCCAGCGCGGAAAAAGCACUCGAGGAUCCUCGAUUGCGUGGCCCGCGCUCAAAGCCUGCGUGUACAAGCGCCGCUGA